CAUGGCUCAACUGCUAUAAAUAACAAUGACUUAUUCGCACAAUCCAAUCCAUUAACAAGACUACUAAACCAUCUAAAAUGGCUUCCUCAAUCACUUUCACACUCCUCUUCUUCUUUCUCUUUUCCGCCCUUACUUCUCAUCUCUCCACAGCCAAAACAACACCAUUCCCCAAAGCUCUUGUCCUACGCGUUACAAAAGACACCACUACUCGCCAAUACAUAACUCAAAUAACCCAAAGAACACCUCCAGUUCAAGCCAAAGUUGUCCUAGAUGUUGGGGGCGAGUUCCUAUGGGUUGACUGUGAAAAGGGCUAUAAAUCCUCAACCAAAAAGCCUGUCCCCUGUGGCUCACCCCAAUGCGCUCUAAGCUUAUCAGGGGCUUGUACUAUUAGUGAUAAUGAUCCAUCAGACGUAGGCAUUUGUAGUGUGAUGCCCAAUAACCCUAUCUCAUCAGUCGGAACAAGCGGUGAUUUAUUCCAAGACAUAUUAUAUGUCCAAUCCACAAACGGAUUCAAUAGCGGUAAACAAGUUUCAGUACCUAAUCUACUCUUCUCUUGUGCUCCCAACUCUCUCUUGGAAGGCCUCUCAAAAGGGGCUGUCGGAAUUGCUGGCCUGGGCCGGAACAAAGUUGCGCUUCCUUCUUUGCUCGCCUCGGCUUUCAGCUUCCCAAGAAAGUUUGGUGUUUGCUUGUCCCCUAAUUCUAAUGGUGUCGUUUUCUUUGGAAAGGAGCCUUAUGUGUUGCUUCCUGGUAUUGACGUAUCUGACCCUAAGUCCUUAACUUACACACCGCUUAUCCAAAACCCUAGAAGCCUUGUAACAAGUUUUGAAGGAAAUCCAUCAGCCGAAUAUUUCAUCGGAGUCAAGUCCAUCAAGGUUGGCGGAAAUCCCUUGAAGUUCAACGCUACGCUACUAACCUUCGACAACGAAGGCGGUCAUGGCGGAACUAAGAUAAGCACUGUUGAUCCAUUCACAACAUUGGAAACUUCAAUAUACAAAGCCUUAGUUAAUGCAUUUGUGAAAGCUCUUGGCCCUAAGGUUCCUAGGGUUAAGGCUGUUGCACCUUUCGGAGCGUGUUUUGAUGCAAAACACAUAGGCAGCACCCGAGUUGGGCCUGCUGUGCCUCAGAUAGAUUUGGUAUUGAGUAAUGAUAAAUUGUGGUCAAUAUUUGGAGACAAUUCCAUGGUAAGUGUUGGUAAUGAUGUGUUGUGCCUUGGAUUCGUUGAUGGUGGUCCACUUAACUUUGUUGAUUGGGGUAUUAAGUCCACCCCAACUGCUGUUGUGAUUGGAGGGCAUCAAAUUGAGAACAAUUUUCUUUUGUUUGAUUUGGGUGCUUCAAGGCUUGGUUUCAGCUCCUCUCUUUUGUUUAGGCAAACAACUUGUUCUAAUUUCAACUUUAAUUCUAGUGCAUACUAGAACAGCUAAUUAUGUAGAUUAUCGAUCGAUCGACCUCAUUAAUAUGAGUUUCAUUUUUUUAUGCAUGGUGAUAGUGUGCUUCGAUCGGCUGCUGUAACUUCCUGUGUCUGGUUAAUUAAAAGUAUUUAAAUAAUUAGUGUCUUUUGGUUUCUAUCUACUCUUUCUUGAUCUCUUGUUUAUCUUUCCAUAUAUACACAAUGUAUAUAAGUUUUUCAUUUUUUUACUUUUAAAAGAUUUUUUUUUUAUAUAUUUUUACAGAAAUCUAAACAGCAACUCACAUAGUAAUUAAUGGCAGAACGGCUAAGUAACUUAAAUUGUAAUCAAAAUCUAUUUAACAGUUUAUAUAAAAAUUAUC